AUGGCUCGAACGCAGCAUAAGGUUCUUAUUGUCGGUUCCGGCUGGGCCGGCAGCACUCUCUGUAGCAAUCUCUCGACUACCAAGCACGACAUCACCGUGAUAUCUCCGUCGCCAACGACACCAUAUACACCCUUGCUCGCCAGUGCAGCGUGUGGACUCUAUGACUUCUCGCUCGUGGAAACACCUGUUCGACAUGAGAGUAGCCCGUUCAAGUUCAUCCAGGGCAAAGUCCGUACCAUUGAUUUCGAAAAGAAGACGUGUCGGUGCCGGCCAUUCUUCAGCGACCUGGAGGAUGAGCGCUUUGAGCUCUCGUAUGACAUCAUCAUUCUGGCCCCGGGGUGUCUGAACCAGACCUUUGGUACUCCAGGUGUGCUGGAGAAUGCCUGCUUUGUACGCAAUGUGGCGGAUGCGAUGUUGAUCCGACAGCGGGUGGCGGAUUGUUUUGAGAAAGCAUCUCUACCAGGUAGAACAGAGCAAGAGCAGCAUGAUCUGCUUCAUUUUGUGAUCGUUGGCGGAGGCCCCACAGGAAUUGAAUUGUCCGCUGAACUCUGCGACCUGUUCAAGCAUAGCUUUGCGAAGCUGUAUCCCCACCUGAAGGCCAAACCAAGCAUCGCCAUUCAUGAUGUCGCGCCAAACAUCCUGUCUGUCUUCGAUGCCAAGCUACAAGACUAUGCUCUGGCUUCUUUCUCUAAGCGUGGCGUUGAAGUCGUGACAAGCAGCCACAUUCAACGGGUGGAUGCGGACAGUAUCACCACUGUAGAGCAUGGCCGAAUACCCACAGGCCUUGUGAUUUGGGCUACAGGAAACCGAUGUACGCGAUUGGUUGAGAGUCUGCCUGUGAAGCUUACCCCGCGACUUCCACGUAUCGUGACCGAUUCAUUUCUCCGUGUUUAUGGCAAGGACGAGCAGAUUCUACCAGACGCAUACGCGCUGGGCGAUGCAGCAGAUAUCCAAGACGCCAGCUUACCAACCACGGCUGAGGUUGCAUGUCAGAAAGCGGAAUACUUGGCUAAAUGCCUCAACAAAGGACACGAAGCUCCGUUCAAGUACCAGCAGAAAGCCGUUGUAGCAUAUCUUGGACAGAGGGACGGUGUGGUUGCUGGGGAUGAACACAACUUGACAGGACAGAGGGCAUGGAUGGCUUGGCGGAGCAAGAACUUCUGGUGGACGAGAAGUUGGAGACAGAAGGUCUUCGUCGUUGUUGCUUGGGCUCUUGAUUGGCUGGUGGGCAGGGGUAUUGCUCCUGUAUAA